CAACCAGCUUCCCCGUGGCUCGUUCAAAUUCGCCGUAAAGAGCUUGAAGGAUUCUGAAUUUGGCGCCAAAUCAUUCGCUAAAAAAGACGCUGCUUCUUUAUCACUCCAAGAGGACAUUCUCUCUAAUGUCAUGUGGCGAUUCUUACAACUUCGGGGAUACAUCGACGAAAAACAUCAACUGACUUCGUGGGGUCUUUGUCUCGAGAAGGCUCUCGCUACUCUAGACCCCGGUGAUGAACUUGAAGAGGCUACAUUCAUUGCAAUUGAAUUGCUCCGCUUUGACCUUCUGAACGCGAAGCAUUGGUUCUCACAUCUUUCCGGAGGUCCAAUGAGAGGAUCUGAUACUGAAGACGAAGACAAAGUCUUCAACAUGCUAGUUUCACGUGUUGCCUGCAUCGGUAAACUGCGUCACAAGAGCAUUGGAUACUCUGGCCCCCUGAGCAGGCAACUGCUCUGUUACCGCUCUCUGGUGUCGGAAGUGCGCUCUGCUUUGAGAGACCUGAUUGAGGUUGUCUUGGCAGGGAUGCUCCUGAGCGGUGAUGUCGAUCGGGACCGCAAGGACUGGGCUGAAUUAAGUGUGAAGCUUCCCUUCAUUGAUGACAACGACUGCGGUCUUGGAAUCGCCGUCCGUACCUAUCUUGAUGAUCUGCCUGCGCAGGGUGAGUUGACCUUGCCCGAGGCAAGGGCCGAGGUGAAAUCGAAGGGCAAAGACUGGUUCCAGCACAGUGACAGCUUCACCGGCAAUCUCGAUAAAGCAUUCAAGCUGUGGGAUGCGGUCUACAAAGCUACCCAGAACGCGGGCAAGGAGUUCAAGGAGGCCAAGCAGUGGGAAGGUGUCAACAACUGGCUAGCUAACAGACGGUAAUCGAAUCGUCCCGAGCUGGCAGAUAGAUAUCUAGGCC